CUUCCAACUAAUACCAUAAUUUUCUUUUAUUAAUCAAGUAAAUGAUUCGAUAAGUCGUUUCGUCUUUGACUAGAUAAACACAAGAGAGAGCGAGGAGAGAGCGAGCGAGAGAGAUAAUGGUGGUGGAAGAGAAUCAGAAUCAGAUGAUGGAUUCCAUCGCCGGCGACUCAGCGAUAACUGCAAAUGUAUCGGAAGACGAAGCAGAGGAGGAAACCACCACCAACACAUGGAAAAACACAAAGGAAUUACUGAUUCUACAUCUCUCCAAGAAGCUUCUCCAUGGAGAUCUCGAUUUCCGAAUUGAAGCCGCCAAGGAAAUCCGGAAGCUGCUUAGAAAGUCUCCGGUUAAGUCUUCAGCUAGGUCAAAGCUCGCCGACGCCGGAGUUAUCCCGCCGCUUGUUCCCAUGCUCAUUUCCUCUAACGUUGAUGCUCGUCACGCCUCUCUUCUCGCUCUCCUUAACCUCGCCGUUAGAAAUGAACGGAAUAAGAUUGAGAUUGUGAAAGCUGGUGCCGUUCCACCUCUCAUACAGAUUCUGAAGCUCCACAAUGCUAGUUUGCGUGAAUUGGCCACUGCAGCAAUUCUAACACUCUCAGCUGCACCAGCUAAUAAGGCGACGAUCAUAACUUCUGGAGUUCCACCGCUUCUGGUUCAGAUGCUUAGCUCCGGAACUGUACAAGGGAAAGUAGAUGCUGUCACAGCUCUUCACAAUCUUUCAGCUUGCAAAGAGUACUCCGCUUCAAUUUUAGAUGCUAAAGCCGUCUCCCCGCUCAUCCACCUCCUAAAAGAAUGCAAAAAACAUUCCAAGUUUGCUGAAAAAGCCACAGCCUUGGUUGAGAUGAUCCUUUCUCACUCUGAGGACGGGCGAAACGCCAUCACCAGCUGCGAAGAUGGUAUUCUGACUUUAGUAGAGACUGUAGAGGAUGGUUCUCCACUUAGCAUAGAACACGCGGUUGGAGCUUUGCUUUCUCUAUGCCGCAGCGACCGCGAUAAGUACCGGAAACUCAUACUGAAAGAAGGUGCAAUCCCGGGUCUCCUAAGUUCAACAGUAGAAGGAACAUCAAAGUCCCGAGAUAGAGCCAGAGUUCUCUUGGACCUACUGAGAGAAACCUCUCGUGAGAAAGAAAUGGCUCCAUUAAUACUCGAGAAAAUUGUCUAUGGCAUUGCAGUACAAGUCGACGGGGCAGAAAAAGCUGCUGAAACGGCUAAGAAACUGUUGCAGAACAUGGUUCAUAGAAGCAUGGAGCUGAGCAUGAAAAGCAUCCAGCACAAGGCUAAUAUCUCUUCCAAAUCGAAUAUCUAACGAUCAUAGUGGUAAUAUUAUUGAUACCUUAGAAGCAAAGAAGGUUGCAUUAUGAGAUUUGUAGGUUUUUUGGUUCUGAUCUGGAAAAAUUCAAGAAUCAGAGCCGGGUUUAGGUCUAGUCUUACCUCUCCGGAGUUGGAAGAAAAACCAUUUGGUAAGUUUUUAAGGCUGAAUUUUUCUUUCCCUUUUGUACAUACUUUUGGCUAUGGGUCAUGUGUAUAUCAGAACCCUUCCUCAUGCUUUUCACAUAGUCUCGUUUCAAAUUGAUUCGGUAUUUUGGUUUUUGAA